UUUUCUCUCUGGGUUUUCCCGUUAAAAAAAUUCCACUUUUCUACUUCAAUUUUGACUAAACCGGAGAAAAGAUAGAAAAAAAUGACCGUAGGUCUCGUAAAAUGCCGCAAGAUCCACCACAUUGUGAGUCUCAAGCAAAUGCUCCGGCGAUGGCGCAACAAAGCACGGUUGUCUUCACUCAGCCGUUGUGUACCGUCCGAUGUUCCGUCUGGACACGUGGCGGUCUGUGUUGGUAGCAGUUGCAGGAGAUUCAUAGUGCGCGCGGUGUACUUGAACCAUCCGAUCCUGAGUGAUCUCCUUGUCCAAGCCGAGGAAGAGUACGGUUUCGAGAACCAGGGACCGUUGGUUAUCCCUUGCGAAGAAUCGGCUUUCGAGGAAGCGAUCCGGUUCAUUUCCCGGUUUCAUUCUUCCCGGUCAAGCCGGUUUACUUGCCCCGAAGAUCUUCAGAAAUGCCACGGAGGAAUCAAUAGAAUGUUGAUCGAAUCUAGGCCGUUGCUUCACGGCGUCAUUGAGAAAGUCGUAUGGUGAAGAGUUUCGGUCUGUACGAUUUCUGACCCGGUCUGAUCGUUACUGACUCGGCUGAGUUGCCACCGGUUUUGGUGGUGCUAAUUUUAAUCCGGUUCAGGCCUUCAGGGUUAAAUUUUUUAGGUUUUACUAAAUAUUUAAUAUUCAGGGCUGCUGGUGAGUAACUCAAUACUCACUGAGCCGAGACAGACGAGGUUACAGGUAGAGAAGGAGAUGGUGGUGAGUCGUUCCACCGAUGUCAUCCUGGGUUCGAAUCCAUGUUGAAGACUGUAAAUGUAAAUAAGACAAAUGAACAUUUGCUUAUCUAAAAAAAAUAUUUGCUUAUAUUAGUCACAUAAAAAAAGAAAAAAAAAAUUUGCUUAUCUGAUAUGUCAACUUUCUAGUAUGUAAUUCCGUAGUUUUCUUCCAAUUGUAUUCUGUGCUACUUACUUUCAAAAAU